AUGCAACCCCUGAGAUAUCAAAGCUACGCUUCGCCGAGUGGCUACCGUUCAAGACAGCCAGCCUGGUCUCCACCUUUUCUUGCUGGGAGUUCCAUUGCAGACGCUGGUGAUAGCGAUUCGGGAAUACAACUGGGCAUGAGAAGUGAGAACGUAACAUACUCAAGCCUCCCCAACCCCCCAGAGGCGCUGCUCGGCGCCUCUCAUCGUGAAAGAUGUCAAGAACAGUUCCCGACAAAUAGCGGCUCGGCCGCGUCGAUGUCCUUUGGCAAUAUACAAGCCUCUUCAUUUCCACCGCAUCCGGUGUUCGAGACUGGACCGGAGGCCACAUCAUACCAUGACUUUUCUCCAGGUGGCUCUAAACCAUAUCACUCUUCUGCUUUUCCAGAUGAUUUAUUCUGGGAUAUUACACAACACGAUUAUGGAUUGGGGUCAUGUGAGUCGGACUAUGCAUUGUUGGACGACGGAUCGACUACUUUGGACAACUGGACCUCGCCGAACACUUUCAUAGACCCGGUCACCCCGUCGCAGAAAGGACAAUCGUCCUGGCCCGCGCCAAACACCAAAGAAAACAACCUUGGUGGACAGCCACUGGCAACCUACGACUUCCAGUCCCCUCAACUCGGUCAUGAUCUGGACUUGUUUGGCAUUGGGAGCAAUUACAUCUCGCCCCAGCAAAUGAACCUCGAUGCUCCAAGGCCAGAUUACCCGCCUCUACCGGAAUUAGAAGAACCUUUUGAAUACCCUGCGCCGAUGCCAGGGGCCCUUCCGAUCGCUUCUUCCAGCCCCUAUCUUCCCGCCUGGCCUCUUGCAGAAGACGUGCCAACGUGGCUGGAACACGAGCCAGGAGGUCAAACAUUGUGGGAUGCGGAUAUCACAACAACCACGACUCAGAACGCCUCAACAACGACCGGGAGGCCAUUUCUGGUUAGGGGCGCACUGAGGGACACCUCGAAAGACGAGUACCUUGUGCGAUGCAAAGAACAAGGGAUGUCGUACAAGCAGAUCAAGGAAUCGGGCGGCUUUGACGAGGCCGAGUCGACUCUGCGUGGGAGAUACCGAGCAUUAACAAAGCCGAGGGAAGCAAGGUUGAGGAAACCUGAAUGGGGACAACGAGAGAUUGACUUACUUUUCGAGGGUGUCGCACACUGUUCGAAGUCGAGUACUGGUAAUCUGCUACCGGGAACUGGCGUUGAUGCUGCCACUAUUAGCCAAUUUGUCAACAAGGUACCUUGGAAGCAGGUUGCCGAAUACAUGGAGAAUCGAGGGGCAUACAGAUAUGGAAAUGCGACCGUCAAGAAAAAGUACCUCGAAGUCCUCAAGGCAAGAGGCAUUUCAGUCCCUCUCGAUUGA